UUCAGCUUCCCUUCCCUUUUCAUCUAUAGAAGGAGGCGGGCAGGGGAAAAUCGGAGGAAGGAAAAGGACGAGGGAGCAGGUAAACGGGAUAUUUAAAUGCUGCGCGCUUGGGCGUUGCGGCCAAACGCCCACUACUCCGCAGCUUCCCCUCUCUUCCUCUUCUUCGCCUCUGCCGCAUCUCCUUCUCCUCCUCUUCCUCCUUCCCCUCCCUCUUCUCUCGCUUCCCCUUUCCCCAAUCGACGCGCCAUGUCGCGCCCCCUUAGGAUCGCAGUCGUCGGUGAUGUGCAUGACCAAUGGGACUUGGAACAAGACUCAAGAGCCCUUGAAUUUCUGCAGGCUGAUUUGGUACUCUUCACAGGUGAUUUUGGUAAUGAGAAUGUUGAACUUGUUAGAAGCAUUUCAAACCUAAAAUUGCCAAAAGCAGUGAUUCUUGGAAACCAUGAUAGUUGGACGACCCAAACAUUUUCAGAGAAGAAGACUAAUCGAGUCUGUCUUCAGUUGGAAUGUUUGGGAGAAGAGCACGUUGGGUACUCUUGCUUGGACUUUCCUACUUUAAAGCUUUGUGUCCUUGGAGGACGACCAUUUUCUAUUGGUGGUGACAAAUUAUUUCGACCAAGGCUUCUUUCAUCCAGUCUGUUCAGAUAUGGAGUCAAUAAUAUGGAAGAAAGUGCAAAGAAAAUCUGUAAAGCUGCUCGUGGGAUCCCUGAGGGGCAUUGUGUUAUUAUUCUUGCGCACAAUGGUCCUACAGGAUUAGGUUCAAAUGCUGAUGACAUAUGUGGUAUAGAUUGGAUUUAUGGAGGCGGUGACCAUGGCGACCCAGAUCUUGCUCGAGCAAUAUCUGACUUGCAAAGAGAUGAGCAAAUUCCCAUCCCUCUGGUUGUUUUUGGUCACAUGCAUAAUACUCUGCGAUAUGGAAAUGGUCUUAGGAAAAUGAUCGUGGUCGCUUCUGAUAACACCAUUUACCUAAAUGGUGCUAUAGUGCCAAGAGUCAAAGACUCGCUGCUGGCUGAUCCGGGAAGCUCGACAGAAGGCCUGACUGAUCCGAGAGGCUCGGCAGAAGGCCACAAUCAGUUACAAACUUCUGGUGUCAGCACCUUGCGUGCGUUCACUGUUGUUGAGAUGCUUGACGGAGAGGUGGAAAAAAUUGCAGAGACCUGGGUUUUAGUAUCUGACAGUAAUGUCGAAAUUGGCCAGGAGACCUUACUGUUUCAGAAACAGUAAUCAUAUUGCUUCUCUGUGGAUGGCAACUCGACCCUUUUACAAAGCCCUGCGUCUCUCAAAGAUGUGGAAUAAUAAAUAGAAAAUAACUAAGUGAACUCAGUUUGUAUGGAUGAUUUGCUAUUUGUAAGACCUUGUUUUUGGUAAAGGUUCAGUGCUGAUUGGUUGCUGAUGUUGGAGGUU